ACGAAAACGUGUCUGGAACUUUGGCUGGAGCAGCAUUUGAAAUGAAGCUCCGAAUACUUGCUGCUGGUUCAGGGUUUCGAAGAUGGCAGACAUUAACCAUGUUUGCUACACGCCAUCACCAAACAAAAGUCAUUCAAGAUGAGAUAUGCUGACUAGCUGUAUCCUUGACUGAUGACUGAUCUAGACAAAGUAACCAACAUACUUGAAGUGAUGAUGAGAAGAAAACAGAGGGAACGAUGUCUGAAGUACAUUUUGGCAACAGUUGUGAUCUUUAUAUUUCUUCAAACAAAUGUUGCAAAAUCCAUUUCGGAAUAUUUUUUCAAGUCUUUCCCAAACAUGGAAAAACCAGCGUGGCAUCACAAUAGUAUCAUUCGUAAAGUGGUGGAUCAGUUUGAUUUGAACAAAGAUAGUGGAUCAGUUACUGAAGAGGCAGAAGAAUGCCUGAUCCCCCAUCUGAGCCAACGCCUACGCCCGACAGACACAAACGGAAGUAGGGGAAAGGUGGCAUGUUCCCGUAUAGCCCCUGUGGCUGGCUCGUGUACCUUAGCCAGGGAGAUGUUUGUGGCAUCUCGCACACUACAGUGUGAUUCCAAACUGUCAACAUUAUGUACAUUACAGGGCUCAGGGCUCAGACUGAAAGUCGAGUGUGACAUCAAGCUGUGUGCCCUACCCGUGGUCAUGGGAACCAUCCAACCAGACACAGGAGAGUUACUAUGGAAACGCUUUCGGGAUAAACUGUCUCUCCAGCAGCACAUCGCUAAAAUGGUGGACCCUUCAAACUCAAAACCGCAUUUUGGCUUCUGCUUUCUGAAAUGUUUGAAGAAAGCGUAUGAAGAUUACAUGUAUGACAUCAUAGGAAAAUACAACAAAGACGAGGGAAUACCAAUGUACGAUGACAUCCACUCCAUGUAUUACAUGUCUCAAUUGUUGACUCUACCUCCAGUAGUCCGACAAAAGAAAACAAAAAACCAUUCAUUGUUCAACAUCAACAUGAUAUUUAUUGAUUCCGUGUCUCGUCAUCACUUCUAUAGGACCUUACCAGAGACCAUCAAGGUCAUGGAGUCGAUCAACCAUGACAACGUCAAGGAUGGUCAUGGGCCAGUGGCUUUAGACUUUGAACUCAUACAGAGUAUGAGAUCAAGAACGUUUGAAACCUUACAAGCUCUGUUUUCUGGUUAUGUUGAUCCUUCAGAGAAACCGUUUGGUGUUUUAGACAUGCCCCCUGUACCCCUUUCCAUUGAAUCCCUGUUUGGUCCCUUUAAGGCCCUAGAUUACCACACGCUGUGGCUGGAAGACCUUUGCUGGGAAUGGGAGUGGGGGAUAUCUAAAGAUUUAAGGGCCUACAAUAAGUCACAUUCUAGUAGAAAAAUAUGGAAAAGGUUACAUGCAGCACUGAAGAAAGCUGGUAUUGACGGCCUGGAUACCACUCUGUCCAGCUGUGAAAUACUGCGGGUCAAUAAUGUCAACGACCACUUCCAUGGACCAGACACGGUGUGUUAUGGCGGUCAGUUUCAGCAUCAGUUUGCCCUCGACUACCUCAAACUUUACCAGUCUCGCAUGGCCAGCCUCGAUCAGCGUUUCAUCUCAUUCUUAGAGACCAAUGUUGGGCACGAGGACACUGGACGUAGAAUCAAAACGCUUGACCAAUCAUUGGCGAGUUAUCUAAAGUUCGCCUCAACAUUGAACAAUACACUUACUAUCUUGUUUUCGGAUCAUGGAAAUGCAUAUGGCAACUUCUUAGACGUUAGUUUGGAGGGUCGUGUCGAAAUGUUCCAUCCCUUCCUGAUGAUGGUGCUUCCAGAGAAAGUCCGAGACAAACUUGGUCCGGAUCAGACAAGUGCUCUCAUUUCUAACCAGGACAAACUGAUCAGUCUGUUAGAUCUUCACCACAUGUUAUAUGACAUAGCAGUGAUAGGACAACCCUCUCUCUUCACCAACACAUCAACUUUACAGAGAAAACACCUGUCCACGGCCAGGAAUACUGUUCUUCCUUUGUCUUACUUUCCCAAAAUCAAGGAACAGUUUCAGGUACCUGAUAAAGGUUUAUUAUCAAGGGUUUCACCUUCUAGGACCUGUGACCAGAUGCCUCGAAUCAUGCCGAACCUGUGUAUCUGUGAAGGCUUUGAGAAUUCCGUAAAGAACGACUCCCAUCUUGUCAUGUUUGCCCACUUUGCUUUAAGUAAGCUGAACAGUGUUAUCCACUCCCAGUACAGGAGAGGCAGUCCGGAUACCAACUCUUCAUUUGGGCGAUGUCGACGUCUCGUACUCCACAGCUUUAGAAAUGUCAAAACUAAUUUUGGAAAGAACCACACCAUGUACCUUACCAUGGAGCUGUCUGUCCGACUGACCAGGAGUCAACCGACAGAAGUCUUCUUUGUUGCACUGACGUACUCUCUGGGGAGACAGGGGUCACUCACGCUGACAAAGUUUGACCGUACCUCUCCCUACAGUGGCUUUAAGGCCUGUGCUGAUCCAGGUGUUGACCUCAAUCUUUGUGUAUGUGACGUUAAAACAGGUAUGCCAAGCCAACCUUUUACUGCCAAUAAUAUCCCUAAGUCAGUCGUACUUGCAAAAUCAAAAAUAGACAUGGUGGACAAAACGUUCAGUUGUCUUCUGUUACUGACCACUGAGAAUGACCAUGGGGUUGUACUAGAAGCCUUCAACCUGUGUCCAAGACAAGCAUUCAAGAUCCAAAUACGGGCGAUUACAAUGAAUCUCUUACUGACUACGUCAUCCAGACAAGUGGUUGGGACGUUGAGGCCGUUUGAGGUUAAGCUGAUGGUGGCUGCUGUGGAAAUUAAUCCGAGGGAGGAGAUCUCAUGGAGAUACAAAAUAUCUUUGUUACUGGUAUGACCCUGCUUAGCUUUAAUAUUUCAUAUGAUGUGUUCUGUGUCCUGUAGUUUAUUGCCUGCGUAUACAUUCGGAGACCUUUGGUUCUUAGUCCUCUGACAUCAUUCCUGUAAUGGCUCUAUGGUUACCUGGUAUAUGAUCUUUGACAGGCUUUGAAGUCGGGAUGUCGCUUAUAUGUAAUCUUCAAAGUACAGGUAUCAGCCUGGCGAUUGGUCACGUUUUUUUUUACCUGAGACCAAUCAAACAGCUAUCUUCGUGCCUUCAAUUUUGCUAUGACAUAUUCCAGGGGUGCAGAAAGCAAAAGUGAGCGUAACCCCUGGAUAUCGAGGAUGACCAUGAUCAUGAUUUCUACUUUCCUACAUUAGCCUCAUAAAAUACUUUGAGGUAACAUGUGGACUAAUCAUUUUAGUGAUUUACACAAAGAAUAUUCUGUACAGGGUACACAUUCUUAAUUACUGUAUGUUAUAUGUUUAAGGUCACACUACUAACUUAUUCUCAAGUCGAAAUAAUUAACUCCAAUAUUUUUCUUUAUAAUGGGUUAUUUAAUUAAAAAUAGAUACUAAAUCACUACAAUACUCAUACUCCAACUCAGUUCUCUGCACGCCUGGAAGACGUCAUGGUAAAAUCUAAAGGUUGUAGAAAUGCCACCCUGUGGACGACACAAGUAGGCUAGUUCGAGUCUUUCAUACUGUAGUAUAGCGCUUUAAAUUUGCGGGGUCAAUUAUUCCCAGGGGUUAAAUUUCGCUGUGCAACCGAUUCCCAUGUGUCGUGCAUAGUAUUUUGAGUGUCAUCAUUUAAGGGUUAAACCUGGAAAUACAUGUAAACUGUUCGAAAAUACUGACCCCAAGCGUCGCCAUCCGCCAGUGACUUCACUUUAAAGAAAAGAAGAUGUGUAUACAUGUACCUUUGUAGGAGUAAACUGUAAUCAAUUAAUCACCUACUGUGUACACAUAAACCUGUUGUGGCCACUUAUAUGUUAGUGUUGAUUUUACAUGGACUGCCCGGUUAUCCGGUGAUAAUCUUAUUUGAGUUCAUUUAAGCUUGCAUAACAGCGUUUGAUCAUAAGUAUUUUCAGCAGGUUGUGAUAAGGUCCGAAAAGUGGUUAACAUUUUCGAUGAUUUCGCUGGUGUUUAGAAUUUGCGAAUAUAAGUCAAAGUGUGAAUAUAGCGGAAAUUAAAACCCCUGUGAAAUAUAACUUCAAUACAGUAUACAGCAAAAGAAUGUGGCAGUAGCAUAACAGUAAAAUUAAGAGGAAUUGAAAUUGGGUCCCGCUCCUCUGUAAUCUUUAAAUGACAGGUAUCAGCCUAGCAAUUGGCUAGUUUUUGUUAAUUCCUGAAACCAUGUACCUUCUUGCCUUCAAUUUUGCCAUGACAUAUUCCUGGGUUGCAGACAACUGAUGUAAGUGAGCAUAUUUGAAAUCCCUGGAAUUUCGAGCAUACUGUACAAUGCAGACAGAGAGUGUUGUAGUAAAUUCGUAUAGAAUUUUAAUUAGAUCAUUUCAUUAGUAUUCUCCUAAUUAUAUAAACUUAAAACUGUUUAAAAAGGUUAUGAAGUACAUUUUUGGGUAAUCAUCUGAGUAUUAACUGUUUUUUCUUUUUAUUUACA